GACGCAUGGGUCUGAACUUUCACCACCCCGGAGCAGAUCACAUCAUGCCAUUGAACAGUGAGUAGCAUUUCGAAACAUACAAUACAUUUCCCUUUGCAAAUCCCUCUGUAUGUUAUUAUGGAUGUGUGUACUUUUGCUUUAAAUGUGGCCACUUAAAGUGGUGCCAUUGUGUUGCUUCUCUGUUGUAUGGAAACUAACAAUAGAAACCUAUUCAGAAGUAGUGUCGUCAUGACGCACCUAUGCAGGAUGCCUCAGGAUAUGCCCUAGCUGCUAGGGUUGGGGCGGGGAUCACCACAGGGCCCAAGCCCAUACCCAGCAGGGCACAGAUGCCCAACCACGAUAAUCCCACCUCGCACCCCUUGCCAAGUGUUACCCCCUGACACCAUAAACCCAGCAUGGACCUCACUCUCAGUGCAGAGCAGGGAGGAACCGCUGUCAAUACCGUCUGUAAAAAUAGCCGACCUGUAAGCCUAGACCCCCACCCCCGUUCCCCCUAGCAGAUUGCAAACAGCCCACAUGGUACGCCCUGUCCGUGUCGUACCAUGUGGAAGAGGUCACAGGGUUGGGUCCACACAGGCUCGAGGUGAGGCCGGCAGCAAGGGUUUUUCAUUUUUCAGUCUCCAAGAGCGAACUAAAAUCCUUAUAUUUCAGAAAUGUCAGAAAAUCAAUUUUUCUCCCUCUGUCCAGUCAAUUUUUUUUUACAGACAGUGAGUUGGCAAAAGGCUCUUUCAGCCUUGUCAACUUCAUUGAGAGGAGAGAGGAUCGGGGUGUCCAUGGUGACUGGUGGAGCUCAGCUCAAGACAUCUGGGAGUGUUAGUCGAGCCCUGGGUUAUGUUCAUUAGGCACCAGCCCUGGGUUAUGUUCAUUAGGCACCAAAUGAGAGAAGACAGACUGAAACAGAGAGGGACUACCUCUAACCCAGUGUGAUUUGAAUCAGGUGUAGCACUAAGGCAAAAACUAAAUGCUCAUUUUGUUUUCCAUUACAAAACAUUUUCGGUUGUGUGGCCUUAUGAACACAAUCCUGGUUCUCCUAACUUGCCUGGUUGGGGAUGCCAGCAGGGAAGCGGUAAGAAAAGAGCGGAGAAGAGGAUGAAUGGAAAGGAAGAAGAUAUCCAACAAGGCUUAAAAUAACUAAUUUUACUGCUGUCACAGCUUGUGCCGUCUGUUUUCUCUUCAACUUGUUCUUUUCAUCAUCAGUCCUUUGGGAAACACAUUUCAAAUCGAUGUUAAACUGCGGUUCUGGAGGGUUUCACUUAAUCUCAGAUCUGCAUGGAGCUCUGGCAUCUGUCAGAAUUGGCAAUCGCUGCUGUAGUCUGCCAUGUCUUUGGACAGCAAGGCUUUGGAUGUGAGGAAAGCGGGUUAACGUUAGUCUACUCUCCAUUUCUCUCCAUUGUUUUGUCUAGACUAUAUAGAAAUCUUUUGGAGACCCAUUCUCUCUCUACCCACCGCUUUUGUGGCUUAGCUGAAGGAUGAGCUGUAAGACACCCAACAUGGAUGUAUGGAUGAAGAAGGGCAGGUCUGUGAAUAGUUCAAGGAGCUAGUAGGCGUUUUCCGGUACCGCUCCCCCCCCCAGGAGAUCUUCCCCGUCCUCCCUUCAAAGUCUCCUCUCUGACACUCCCAUUUUGGACUCCUACUAUUCCCUCCCCCUCAUCCUCCUCCUCCUCUUAUUCUCCCUCACCAGGGUGACUGACACAGACACAGUUUCCCAACACCACUUACUAGUCUACACUAGAUCAGUGGGUUCCACCCUUCCACCUUCUUCCCCUUGUUGCUAGGCGCCUUUGUCUCUCCUAAGUCCCAGACAGUGGAAGAGUAAUGCGGAGAACAUUGGUCUGAACAACUCUGCUCUGUGGUGAGAAGAGACUGAGAGUUUUAAUGAAAACCCAGUGAGAGAAGAGGUCUGGAUACAAUGUCUCUGUCAAGCGCAAGGGAAGGGAAGGGAAGGGGGUCGGGGGGGGAGGGGGUCACACAAUGCCACUGGCACAAUGGACGCCCCCAUAUUGGUUUUUAGGAGAAGACUUUGUUCUCUGUGACACUUGACUGUGAGAAGGUCUGUUUAGGCAUGUAUUACCCCCCGCCACACACACACACACACACACACACACACACACACACACACACACACACACACACACAAACACACACACUGUCUACUGGCAUUAAUGUUACAGACUCUAAUGCCUCUUUCUGCCUUGUUUGCCUCCUGUUGGCCUUCUGUUGGCCUUUUUCUCAGGCACAAGGCUCCUAAUCAAAUCAAAUCAAAUUGUAUUUGCCACAUGCGCCGAAUACAACAGGUGUAGACAUUACAGUGAAACGCUUACUUUCAAGCCCUUAACCAACAAUACAUUUUUUGUAAAUUUGUUUAGUGUUUAAGUACAAAAAAUUAAAGCAAAUAACUAAAGAGCAGCAGUAAAAUAAAAUAACAGUAGGGAGGCUAUAUACAGGGGGGUACCGGUGCAGAGUCAAUGUGCGGGGGCACCGGCUAGUUGAGGUAAUAUGUACAUGUGGGUAGAGUUAAUGUGACUAUGCAUAAAUAAUAGACAGAGUAGCAGCAGCAUAAAAGAGGGGGGUGGGGGUGGGGGGGCAGUGCAAAUAGUCCAAUGAUAAGCUGUUCAGGAGUCUUAUGGCUUGGGGGUAGAAGCUGUUGAGAAGCCUUUUGGACCUAGACUUGGCGCUCCGGUACCACUUGCCAUGCGGUAGCAGAGAGAACAGUCUAUGACUAGGGUGGCUGGAGUCUUUGACAAUUUUACACCGCCUGGAUGGCAGGAAGCUUGGCCCCAGUGAUGUACUGGGCCGUACGCACUACCCUCUGUAGUGCCUUGCGGUCGUAGGCCGAGCAGUUGCCAUACCAGGCGGUGAUGCAACCAGUCAGGAUGCUCUUGAUGGUGCAGCUGUAGAACUUUUUGAGGAUCUGAGGACCCAUGCCAAAUCUUUUCAGUCUCCUGAGGGGGAAUAGGCUUUGGCAUGCCCUCUUCACGACUGUCUUGGUGUGUUUGGACCAUGAUAGUUUGUUGGUGAUGUGGACACCAAGGAACUUGAAUCUCUCAACCUGUUCCACUACAGCCCCGUCGAUGAGAAUGGGGGUGUGCUCAGUCCUCUUUUUUUUCCUGUAGUCCACAAUCAUCUCCUUUGUCUUGAUCACGUUGAGGGAGAGGUUGUUAUCCUGGCACCACAAGGCCAGGUCUCGGACCUCCUCCCUAUAGGCUGUCUCAUCGUUGUCUGUGAUCAGGCCUACCACUGUUGUGUUGUCAGCAAACUUAAUGAUGGUGUUGGAGUCGUGCCUGGCCAUGGAGUCAUGGGUGAACAGGGAGUACAGGAGGGGACUGAGCACGCACCCCUGAGGGGCCCCCGUGUUGAGGAUCAGCGUGGCAGAUGUGUUGUUACCUACCCUUACCACCUGGGGGUGGCCCGUCAGGAAGUCCAGGAUCCAGUUGCAGAGGGAGGUGUUUAGUCCCAGGAUCCUUAGCUUAGUGAUGAGCUUUGGGGGCACUAUGGUGUUGAACGCUGAGCUGUAGUCAAUGAACAGCAUUCUCACAUAGGUGUUCCUCUUGUCCAGGUGGGAAAGGGCAGUGUGGAGUGCAAUAGAGAUUGCAUCAUCUGUGGAUCUGUUGGGGCGGUAUGCAAAUGGGUCUAGGGUUUCUGGGAUAAUGGUGUUGAUGUGAGCCAUGACCAGCCUUUCAAAGCACUUCAUGGCUACAGACAUGAGUGCUACGGGUCGGUAGUCAUUUAGGCAGGUUAUCUUAGUGUCCUUGGGCACAGGGACUAUGGUGGUCUGCUUGAAACAUGUAGGUAUUACAGACUGGGUCAGGGACAUGUUGAAAAUGUCAGUGAAGGCACUAGCCAGUUGGUCAGCACAUGCUCGGAGUACGCGUCCUGGUAAUCCGUCUGGCCCUGCGGCCUUGUGAAUGUUGACCUGCUUAAAAGUUGAGCUUGAUCACAUAGUCAUCAGGAACAGCUGGUGCUCUCAUGCAUGCUUCAGUGUUGCUUGCCUCAAAGCAAGCAUAGAAGUGAUUUAGCUCGUCUGGUAGGCUUGUGUCACUGGGCAGCUCACGGCUGUGCUUCCUUUUGUAGUCUGUAAUAGUUUUCAAGCCCUGCCACAUCCGACGAGUGUCAGAGCCGGUGUAGUACGAUUCAAUCUUAGUCCGGCAUUGACUCUUUGCCUGUUUGAUGGUUCAUCGGAGGGCAUAGUGGGAUUUAUUUUAAGCGUGUUAGGUGCAUUUAAAGAAGGUUACGAAAUUUCACAUGUGAAAACACAUACACCAAACAAUACAUUUGUUUUGGUCUUUCGUGUUAGUCCUUUGCUACUGUAUUUCCUAAACUCUAGCUAAUACUCCAAAGGUUAAUUGUGAGAGCUCACAUGUAUCUAAUGAAAGGGAAAGAAAGGGCACAGCGUCUUAUUGCUGCCUGCUGUACCUUGGGCCUGUUCACUAGAUUACGAUCCCACAUAGUAGGGCAGUCCUCCUCUCUCUCUUUUCCUGUCUGGACCCUGAGACUCAGGCUGUCACCUCCAUGGCUCCAUCCAGGGCAGCUGUGAGUGGAAAUUUCCCACUAGAUAAAGACUAAUGUUUCACUAGUUAAUGGUAAUGACUAACGACACCUGUCUAAUGUCUCCGCGUGUCGCUUUAUCGGCCACAUUCAUGAAUAUUCACGCUGGGAAGAAAUUAGAGUAAAACGUGAGCUAGGUAGUAGUCUGUGUUUAUUGCCUGAGAUUAUAUCCUGGGUUAUAGGGUCUUGUUAUUGCAAGUUACUAUUUCAGAGCAGUUAGGCCUAUUAUAACCUCGCCCAUCCUCCUCUAGUCUAGUCUAGCCCGGCUAGGGUAGGUGCAGCAGGUUUCUUGUGGGAUACUGCCAGCCAACCCAUAAUGACUCCUUGUCUCCCACCAUCGCUGAUGAUUAGGUGUGGCUGUCUGCGUCUGUGGUGUCACUGUUGCCUUGAUGAUGUUCUGCCUGGUUGUCUUCCCAUGAAACCCAUAUCUCUGUCUCUCUCCUUUCCAUACCCCUCUGUCUCUCUCUCCCUCUCUCUUCCACUGUUCACAAGCAGCCAGGAGCUAUGGCCGCAGAAGAGGUAACGUGUGGAGUUCUACUCUGUUUCUGCUUGCCAAAAUGAACGGGAGGCACGAGCACAAUUGCUUGGCUCUCUCCGUACGGUUGUCUCUCUCCAGAGCAACUGGGUUCUAAUGUGAUGUCACAUAAUCUGCCUUCAUCUGUGCCGUGAUUGGAUGAAAUCAUAUUAAUUUAUACACCUUUUUUUGUUUUGACGUCAUUGCAUUUAGUUAAGUCGAGGAGAGGCGGAUCAUUUUGUAUCUUGAACCUUUUUCAUUUUGCUUAAUGCAACUUUAUUUUCUCUUUAAUAUUCUGAGUCAUUGUGCUACUCCUGUAUAUCGCUAUAUGCAACUGUAUUGGCUACUGCUUGUGGAUUAUUAAUGAAUUCACAAGUAUAGACCCUCCAUAUAUUAUGGACAGAUCCAGAGCAAGUCCAUUUGGAGCUGUGCCAAAAUGUUUAGGUCUAGUCAUAAAAACAUUUGAGAAAGUACACUGACUCAAACUAUUUAUGUCCUGAAUGGCUAAGAUGGGUGCUGCGGACAUGCUCUUCUCUGAUUUGGAGUGUUCAACUAAUUAAUACCUUUACUCAGUGAGGAACCCUGGUAACAUAUGCAACGUUGUUGCAAUGCUUGUAUUUUUUGUAUCUAAGAAUUGGAGGACUUUUAAGUUGGCAGUACAUUCGUCCACAUGUAGACAGAGCUUAUGACUCAGCGAUAAAGGGGAGUCCUCCUCUAUCUCCCCAUACCACUAUUGUGCAGUUACAUAGUCUCUUUCUAUAGCCUUGUACCUGUUAGCAUAGUAAAUAAAACUAUAUUUAAAGUAGCCUAUGCCUAUCAGAGGCUUCUGACAUGGCCUACCUCCAGAUCUUAGAUACAUGCAACACCAUUCAGUCAGUACCAUAGAAUUAGGAAUUAGAACAGAAAAAAAUAGUAAUGUAAUACAAUCUAUAUGGUCAGUACACAGUCCUCUAUGUGCUUUCACCUGUAAGAGGUAAUCUACUGCUGUGGCAAAUGGUCCGCUACCUUCCCCUCCAUCCCUCCUCCACCCUCCACCCCUUGUUCCUAUGGCCCGCAGGAACAAGGGUCUAUCUGGUGUAGGAAGGCUAUGAAGGACCUGUAUUGGUUUGUGAUUGGACUGAACUGAAUGGGUUUGAGGGUGGAGGAGGGCAGGCAGGCAGGCCCACAAUGUUUGAAGAAUGGGAGCUCAUGAAGCAGCAUGAUGGUGAUUUGAGCUUCCUCUCUAAGGAGACUGCUAUUGUUACCAGUUUUAAUAACACCAUGUUUCUCUCUCUUUUUUUCAUAUCUUCCCUGUCUUCUCUUAUGUUCUGUGCCCUUCUAUUUUCCCUCUUUCUUCUGCCUGUUACUCUUGCUUGUCCUCUCUCUCUCUCUUUUUCCAGGUCGCUCUUCACUCUUUCCCUUUGAGGACGGUUUCCUGGACGACGGGCACGGUGACCCCUCUCUGACCCCGGGGUUGAACUCGCCCACACGCUGUCAAAAUGGAGAGAGGAUGGAGCGCUACUCCAGGAAGGUGUUUGUCGGAGGUCUGCCCCCUGACAUAGAUGAAGGUACGGACGGAUGGUAGUGGAACUAGCCUGUGUCCCAGAUCUGUUUGGGUUGUCUUGCCAGCCCCUAUUGUGAGUGUUUGGCAUGGCAAUGACCAUGGAAGUUGGCAAGACCGCACAAACAGAUCUUGGACCAGGCUACCACCUUACUAUACAAUCACUAUAUAUCCUCAUAGAAUGUCCAUCAACUGCAUGGCACAUUAAUCAGAUUAGUAAGUUUAGUGGGUUUGCAUUGGCUAGGAUAGUACAAGCCAGAUGUGGGUCUAUAGUGGGCUAAACGGCUGGUUCUGUGUCUGUAUGAUGCCUCUAUCUGUCAUGAAGCUGGUUCUCUGGGACUGUGAACUGACUGGUUAUGCUUUGUGGGUUUGUGGCAGUGAGCUGGCAGUCAGUCUGGCAGCAGAUGUGAUAGUGUGUUAUCCCACAAAGUGUGAAGAGGGCCUGAGGGCAUAGUAAGACUAUGGGAAUCUGGAAUGGUGACACUGCUCAAUGUGGCUUUCAUGAGACGCACGCACUCACACACGCAAGCAAACACACACAGAACACAAAACUUGCACAAAACACACACACACACACACUAGUAUACAUACACACACACAUAUACAGUGGGGGAAAAAAGUAUUUAGUCAGCCACCAAUUGUGCAAGUUCUCCCACUUAAAAAGAUGAGAGAGGCCUGUAAUUUUCAUCAUAGGUACACGUCAACUAUGACAGACAAAAUGAGAUUUUUUUUCUCCAUAGAAUCACAUUGUAGGAUUUUUAAUGAAUUUAUUUGCAAAUUAUGGUGGAAAAUAAGUAUUUGGUCACCUACAAACAAGCAAGAUUUCUGGCUCUCACAGACCUGUAACUUCUUCUUUAAGAGGCUCCUCUGUCCUCCAGUCGUUACCUGUAUUAAUGGCACCUGUUUGAACUUGUUAUCAGUAUAAAAGACACCUGUCCACAACCUCAAACAGUCACACUCCAAACUCCACUAUGGCCAAGUCCAAAGAGCUGUCAAAGGACACCAGAAACAUAAUUGUAGACCUGCACCAGGCUGGGAAGACUGAAUCUGCAAUAGGUAAGCAGCUUGGUUUGAAGAAAUCAACUGUGAGAGCAAUUAUUAGGAAAUGGAAGACAUACAAGACCACUGAUAAUCUCCCUCGAUCUGGGGCUCCACACAAGAUCUCACCCCGUGGGGUCAAAAUGAUCACAAGAACGGUGAGCAAAAAUCCCAGAACCACACGGGGGGACCUAGUGAAUGACCUGCAGAGAGCUGGGACCAAAGUAACAAAGCCUACCAUCAGUAACACACUACGCCGCCAGGGACUCAAAUCCUGCAGUGCCAGACGUGUCCCCCUGCUUAAGCCAGUACAUGUCCAGGCCCGUCUGAAGUUUGCUAGAGUGCAUUUGGAUGAUCCAGAAGAGGAUUGGGAGAAUGUCAUAUGGUCAGAUGAAACCAAAAUAGAACUUUUUGGUAAAAACUCAACUCGUCGUGUUUGGAGGACAAAGAAUGCUGAGUUGCAUCCAAAUAACACCAUACCUACUGUGAAGCAUGGGGGUGGAAACAUCAUGCUUUGGGGCUGUUUUUCUGCAAAGGGACCAGGACGACUGAUCCGUGUAAAGGAAAGAAUUAACGGGGCCAUGUAUCGUGAGAUUUUGAGUGAAAACCUCCUUCCAUCAGCAAGGGCAUUGAAGAUGAAACGUGGCUGGGUCUUUCAGCAUGACAAUGAUCCCAAACACACCGCCCGGGCAACGAAGGAGUGGCUUCGUAAGAAGCAUUUCAAGGUCCUGGAGUGGCCUAGCCAGUGUUGCCCAGCGACAGCCCCAAAACAUCACUGCUCUAGAGGAGAUCUGCAUGGAGGAAUGGGCCAAAAUACCAGCAACAGUGUGUGAAAACCUUGUGAAGACUUACAGAAAACGUUUGACCUGUGUCAUUGCCAACAAAGGGUAUAUAACAAAGUAUUGAGAAACUUUUGUUAUUGACCAAAUAGUUAUUUUCCACCAUAAUUUGCAAAUAAAUUCAUUAAAAGUCCUACAAUGUGAUUUUCUGGAUUAUUUUUCUCAUUUUGUCUGUCUCAUCUUUUUAAGUGGGAGAACUUGCACAAUUGGUGGCUGACUAAAUACUUUUUUUCCCCACUGUGUAUAUAUACUGUACAUUUAGACACAUAUUAGUAUAUACACUGGUACACACACACACACAAGACACACACACACAACACAGAGUUUGUGAACAAUGCGUGCCCAUGGCCUCUUGGAAUAUUAAUGAGUUUCCACAGUACAAUUACCCUAGUGAGAACAGAAACUGUCUGGCCUGGAGUGUGAAGACGUGUUUAGUGUUUAAUGCAGUAGACUGGACAGCAUUUGGAGAACAAGCAAAAAUACUAAUAUAUUGUUGAUGGCAUACAGUGAGGGUAGACAGUAGACACUUUUUUUGGUGGCCUGCUUGACAUGCAAUUGUGCAUCAUAGUUUCCAUGGCAAAUUGCUCCAUGACCAUGGUAACAUAUAUAUAUAUAUAUAUAUAUAUAUAUAUAUAUAUAUAUAUAUAUAUAUAUAUAUAUAUAUAUAUAUAUAUAUUAUUUAUAUAUAUAUAAUAUAUUUAUUUUCUUCUUUUUUUUGUAGAUGAGAUCACCAACAGCUUCCGUCGCUAUGGACACCUGGUGGUGGAUUGGCCCCACAAAGCCGAGAGCAAGUCCUACUUUCCACCUAAA